AUGAACAUCUGGUACGGUGCCAGCCACCUCGUUCUACUGUAAGUGAUAAACCCAUUAGUUGGACACAGUAAGGAGGCUAUACGGGAAACGAAGUUAGAAGUAUCCCAACAGUUACAAACUAGUAAAUAAGAACAAAGUCGUCAGCAGCUAAAAAUGCACGUGCUAGUUCUUCGUCUUAUUCAAAGUUGUGUCAAGUUAUUUAACAAGUGUAUUAAAACUGAUUAAAACAAAACGGACUUAAAUGUCACUACACUACUUUGGGUUAGGAUUGCACACAGACCAGAGGUAAGGCUGUUAGAUGAUUUACAUCAACAGCAGGAAACGUCUGGAGUCGUCUACUCGAUCUAGUGCAGCUGUGGACAAAUUAACUACGUCGAAGAAACGGAAGACUGCAUCUGACGCGGAUGACCGAACACGCAGCAUCAGUGGGGGAAAUGACGUCAGCUCCAAUUUUAACCGUCAUUCGAUGAGACUCGGCCACACCUUCAACACCGACGAGGCUGGCGUCUUCGCGAGAGUCUGCAACCGCGGGAGGCGUGAGUUGUUUGGGUCAUGGUUCUUCGACCCCCCAGUCUACUUACAAGCGCAAUGACCUCUACCACAAAAUGUAGUUUCAGAAUGCGGUCCGAUUUUAGUUGGUGGACACGUGGGGAGCACGUGGGACGAACAGCACUUCCAGUGACAACAUCAAAGAACCGAAUGGCCUAGUGAUUAUCACGCCCAUAAUUAAAGCCGGUGACGAGGUAGCAGAGAUGGACGACUCGGAUGCGGGUGAGUGAGUGACUUUCGCGCAAUAAUUCGUGAACUACCAAUCACAGUAGCUAUCCGGCGACAUGAAAGCUGCAUUCGGUUAAUACUGCACUUCUUUUGUGUCCAUUCUUCUUAUCCGUUGCUGUCUCUGAUGGUAGGUUCGAGUGAGAAUCCGAAAUAUCAGGUGCAGAAAGCUAUUGUUUCAGAGGUCGUACCUUCCUCUGGUCAAUACGUUUUUCCACUGAAUAUCUUCAUAUUGUUGCCUUCAGAAACUAGCUGAUGAGUGCGCGUUUGCUUUCGAUAAAUUCUCGUCAAAAUUCUCUUACUUUCAUAAGGGAACACAUCAGUGUUUGGGUAAGUGGACUAAAGCAAGAGAACACUGCAAGUGAACUCAUAAGAAGACGCCUUGGCCAGGCUAUCUCACGAAUCUUCCCACAAGCAAGUGCGCGGAGAAUUAUCUGUUUCAAUCAAAAAGUUUUAACGGCAAAAGCAAGGAAAAUAAAAAAUGCACUUUUUGACUUCAUCAACAUUUAAAUUUUGUGAAGAUUCUCAUGCCCUAAUCGAAAAGUCAGUUGGCAAACAUAUAUUUUCUGUUUAAAAAAAAACGAAGGCACGAUCACUGGGACGGUAGAUUUAUUAGCCUUAGCUUUCGAAGUCGAACUGAUGAUUAACUCCAAUUCGUGUUCGAAAGUUAAGGCCAAUAAAUUUCCCGUCCCAGUGAUCGUGUCUUAGUCUGCUUUUAAACAGGAAUCUGGGAUUCGCAUAUUCUCUUUCAUAUCGUUUAGGCAAUUUUUCAUCAAGCCACAACAAUUACAUAGAGAACGAACUUAUGAGCUAUGGACGCAAAACCCUGUCCACACCUCAUAAGUGCAUCCUCCGUGUAAUUGUAGUGACCUGAUGGUGAAUUACCGAAAACAUCUGUUUCCCGAUUGACUUUCUAAUCGCCAUCGUCAACCCGCCGUACUUUAACCCUACUUCUAGGGUAGCUUCUUGAGAACAGACGUACGUAGGAGGCUUCUUUGCAUAAAAACAACAGUAGCUCCAUGGUCUUUGUACGUCAUCAGGGAGCUCACAGAACAUCUGUUCAAACUGCUCGCAGCAGCCCCGCUCCUUUGUUUAUUCGAGCACCAGACAAAUAAACGCGCAAGGUUCCAAUAACUAGGCCCUUUUCCACGUACAAUGACGUACUUCUAGUCGUUGCAUGUGACAUUUGUACACUGAACAUAAUCGGCUCUUUUUAGUUAAAUGUCAAUACUGGUGGAAAUGCCACCCACUCCCUCCUAAGAGUAUUUUUUUGUCUUUUUCUUCCAUUCUAAAUGAUAGCAAGUUGAUUACAGCAGUACCAAACUCCGUGCAGAAAGAUGCAAAAUGCACUUUUCAAAAAUGCAGGCCAUAUACAGCAGAAGAUGGCGCUGUCUUUGAACCUUCCAGCUCAUCAAUAAGACCGUCACGCUUUAGAGAGUGAGAGAGAGAGAGAGAGAGAGAGAGAGAGAGAGCAAGUGAGGUAAACCCACGGGCCUGCGAUUCAUUUCUCAAUGCAGCUCUUCCGAAACUGUAUCGUUCGCAAAUGGCGUAACGGAAAUCUCGUUCACGAAAAAUGCACUUGUCUGUUUGAAGUCCAUAUUUUUUUCUCCGUUCUGAUUGGCACUGAGGACCAAAUAAGGCGUAGAAAAGGAAUAGUCAAAAUAAGUGUCGAAUCUCAUAAAAUAUUAACCGUGGUUCCGAAGUACGUUUGUUAAUUACUUAGGUUGGGCCGUUAUACUGGUUAUCAUGCAGCAUAAUCCCAAAAUGUAUUCUGGCAUCUGAAUGCUCUUCUUUCCGGCAGACCGCAAAGGCCGCAUUCGACGAAAAUAACUACCAAAAUAGUACAUACUUUUAAUCCCCUGAUUUCCCAUUUCCUUACAAAUCUGCAUAUUAACAGGUGUCUUAGCAGAUUUGAAUGUAUCAUCUGACUAAAUUUAGACGAACUCGGUUGCCUCGAUGGGAGUUGAAUCAACGACAGCAGGGGAUUGGCUUGGGGGUCUCACCAGUAGCCGUAAAAAGGCAACGGGAGCGGAGAAAAUUCGAUCAAGAUGUAACUGAACUUACGGCCCCCGGUGGGGCCUUAAAGUUCAGGUAGUUCAAAUGCUGCCUAUGCUCAAGCCUAUGCCUAUGCUCCUCCUCCUCCUCCUCCUCCUCCUCCUCCUCCUCCUCCACCACCACCACCCCUGCCCCAACGGCGGCCGCUCAGGCAGCCGUCUCGCACAUCUCCGACCGCGACACAACAACCGGCACCACCCCCGCCUCUCCUGACUCCAGCAAUGAGAAUCAGGACUACACCUGUCCUCACUGCGACCGCACCUUUACCUCACACAUCGGCCUGGUCGGUCACUUGCGAAUCCAUCGUACAGAGACCGGCGAUCCAGUGCCUGAAGCACCAACCUACACCAACCUACACCCACCGCACUCGCCUCCACUGCCCACAGUGCCAUUGCACCUUCACGCAUCGCAUGGGUCUAUUCGGCCACAUGCGCAUCCACGAGAGCGGAAUCGACCACAAUUCCGACACACCAACCACGCUCAUCAUGCCCAGCACCACCCUCGCACCGUCCAUCUGCGCCACCACCAACGCCUCCUCUGUAGCUGAUUCUGACACCGCCGACUUCACGUGCCCACACUGUCCACGCACACUCACCUCACGCAUCGGCCUGGUCGGUCACUUGCGAAUCCAUCGCACAGAGACCGGAGAACCAGUGCCUGGAGCACCAACCUACACCCACCAAGCUCGUCUCAACUGUUCACACUGUCCUCGCACUUUCAGGCACCGCAUGGGCCUAUUCGGCCACAUGCGCAUCCACGACGACCUGCGGUAGACAACCGCCGGUUACACCACACAUCCACACACUCCCUACCCUCCUCCACCAUCACCAACACACAUCAACACUUACCCACCGCAUGCACCAACUGCCACCUUCCACGCAAGUGGGAAGUGUGCAUCUCGUUUCGGUUCCCACGCGGCUUCGGCUGUACGGGUGAUUUGAGUCCGAGACUAUCCCGACACUUCAAGUGUCGUGGAUAGGAAGGUUGCUGAUUAAUGCCUGCUCUCGGUUCACGCAGUUCGUCGCGUUGUGCGUGUGUGUGCUGUGUGGAGUGGCGGACUGGUGGGCUGGGAACGGGCUGAAGCAGCACCUUCCACGGCCCUCUCACGCAAGUGAGAGACACGCCGUUUAACCCCCGUUGUGUGAAAUCCUGGUGUUGUGUGUAUGGGGGGCCAGGUCGUGCUGUGGUGCGCGCAGUCACGGUCAGUCGACCGUGGCAGCCACCGCGCCCAACCACCACUCCAGUUUGCCGACCGGCUCGGACGGCGGCUGGAGUGUGGGAAUGGGAAGGGAGAGUGAGGUCGACGACUCAGCGCACUUUUUCCUCACUAUAAUCAAUCUGACGCGCUUGAAGCUAUCACGGUGCGCUAAAAGCCGUGGCUUGGAAGGUUGCCAACUGACGGGGUACCUUGGACCUCCUCCUUAACGGCAGGCGGUCUGAGAGUCAGGCUGCAAUGGCUCCUUUUUAAUGUGACCUUUAUGGCACUCCCACCACAGUGUGGGAUCCGAGCCAGGCGUUGGCGGCACGCCUAGGUGCGGCUUCGGCCGUGCCAGCCUCCAAAUCUCUGUUGUGUUGGUUGAAAUCCUGGUUAUUGUUGUGUGGACCAGGGGGUGUGGUGGAACGCUAAGGUGAGGAUCCGUCCGAGCCAUCCACCUGCGGCCUCCCUCGUCUCCGGUCUUCUUGAAUCUGUCUUGACACCGGGCUCGGGCGAGGGAGGUGGAGAGAGUGUAGGUAGAUGCAGCGCAAGUCUACUGGCACUAUAAACCCCUGCGCAAGUCACCGUCCCUGCUCCAACCUGCUGUGGGGCACACGGUGGACAUCAUCGAAAUCGAUGUUCGAACUGUCAUGCUCAAGCCAUAUCCUUGCUUUCGUGAGUUAAAAUCCCUUCAAGGCAGCCGAGUUUUUUCACAAUUGGCUAAAUGAAGUCCAGAUAUAUCUUAAGGAAAACAUACGUAAAAAUACCCAGUUUGUACACUUUUUGGAGUGGAUAACGUCCUUUUUUCAAUUUUUUGUCUGAAGGAAUAGUCUUUUAUAUUAACGAAAAGAUUUUUCAAUUUCCAAGUAGUUUUGAAUCCAACCUGACGUUUGACUUUUAUUUGGGGUUCCUAUACUGCAAACUGAAUACCUUUCAUAUAAGAACAAUAACGUAUUUCAGAAUGUUUUAAGGAGGUACAGUUAGUGACCUAUAUUUAAAAAUAUGCCUAAAUUAACGAAGAAUCACUGAACAAACUGAAAUCAGUUCGACCGCAUUCACCAAAAUACCAAACUGAUAAUAAUGUUUUUAACUAAAUGAAAACGCAUUAUAAGUAUUACAAGUACAAUUGCGCUGAUUAGAACGAAAGAUUUUCGUAAGAAAGUUGGGCAAAGGUAGAAAAUUUUUGUACGUAAACUCAAAUAAAUUUAGGGCUAGAUCUCAGUUGGUAGUCAGGAAUGGGAAAGCAAACGGCGACCUUACCCCUAAUCCUAACCCUAACCCUAACCCUAACCUCAACCUUGAACGUUAACCGUUAACCCUAACGGCAACCCUAACAAUAACACUAACUGAAGUCGUAAACGUAACCAUAGCCCUUAGACAUAGCCGUAACUGAAGAACCUAACCGUAAUUCUAAAACCUAAUCGUACGCUCAAACUCUAACCAUAAUUCAAAAGCCUAAGCCUAAAGGCAUAACCCUAACCCGAAAAUCGGCAACCAUUAACCAGUGCCCUAAUCCUAACCUAAAAUGUAAAACGGAUGCCAAAUGGGUCAGAUGUGAUUGUUGAACCCCACAAAAUAGCCCAGUAAACAAACCCCCCGCUACGUGUAAUACGGGGCAUGGCUACCAACUGCGAACUAACCAAAUUUAGCUAUCUUAUAAUUAUUUAUGCGAGGAACCAGACACAAUUUUUUUGACUAAAUAAAUAAGUUACGGCAUACGCGUUUGACAACAGAAACCGUGCGUUUUUUUCUAACCGAGGCAAAGCAAACCAACAUGCAACCGGUGGUUCUUACAUCACGCGUUAGAUGGUAAGUACCGGCAUGGCACCUGUGCUGUUAGUAUGGUGUCACCUUACCCUAGAUUAUACUACUAGCUGCCUGUAGGCAGUUAAUGAAUAUUACGCGGUUACCCGCUGUGGCUGAUGGACUUUGGCCCAAAUAUUCAUGUAUGAAAUUCUCGGUCUGUGCCUAUAGACCUUGAAUAUACUGAUCUACUCCUACUUCGCACAAAAUUUCUCCGGAAAUUAAAAAGUGACAACAAAAAGGCUUAAUCCCCCGCCUGCAGAAAACAGGUUAUUCACGGCGCACAGAAUCGACAACGCAGGGCAAAGCAAGUGCAUUGGGAAAACUAGGAAAUCAAGGUAAGACACGUCGGAUCACGGAGAGGAGUGAACAAAAACCGGAAUAAAAUAACUCAGCACCACGCAAGUCACAUUAAGACAACUUGGGGCCUGAGGUGAUUUCAAUGGGAGACUUCCUGCAGCUAAAAAUUGAUGAAUUAACUUAGGCCUACUUAAACAAAUGUAGUGGUAAGUUAGACACAUUAAACCCAGUGGGGUUACGCAACCUAUCCUUGUCGAAAAUCGGAAAUAUCGAAAACGCAGAAAUGCGUGUCACAUGAAAAGGCUCAAAUUUUAGUGGUAAAUACUGCUUGUCCAUGCAAACAACUAACUGCAUAAAACGGCAUAAGCAGAGUAACGUCCAAUAAAUUGCUUUUACGCAUGAUUUCAGUUAGUAUCCUCCAUGAACUAGUGCUAUUGCCGAUACAAGCGAAGACGCAAGCUGCAAAAACUAGUUGAUAAGAAGCAAAAACGAUCGUUGGAAUAAAAGCUUUAUUGGCCUGACGAGAAUCCGAAACGUCCGGCCAAUAAAGCUCUUGUUCCAACGAUUGCAUCUUCUUCUUAUCAAUUUGUAUUAUAUGAAGUCUGGCGCAGAAUCAGCUACGUAUAGUCCGGUCUUAUGUAACAAGAUAAUGCUGUGCAAAAUCGACGUUAUUUUCCGUUUUUAUAUUGCUCGGGAUGUGUUCGAUUAGAGCAAAAAGUAUUUUGCUUAAUGUCACUGAUAAUGAAAUCACGGGAUAAGAGUUUUCAUAAAGUCGCAUAAUUACAGGCCUGUACGUCAUUAUAAGAUCUGAAUACAAUUAACAAAUGCAAUCGUAAGCAUAUCUUUGUGUGUGUAUAUGAAAAGAACUUUUCUCCCCUCAAGCGUGUUUGCUUUUUUGCAGACCAUGGAGUCCGUUGAGUUUCACUGGGUACUUUAAAUGACAGUGAAUACAUUAAUAUUUUCAGUGCUUUCAAUCGACUGUCGAUAAAGACAGGUUCUAUGCUGUGUUUUCAUCAAAACCUUCAAAAUAAGCUAUUUCUUGAAAGCAUUUAUCAAAGUAGUGAGCGUUAUGCGAAUGAGAAAAAUGUGUAACGUCGUGGGUGCUCAAAAGUUGUCCUAUCAGUUUACAUCAUCGCAUUUUAUGGGUUAGGUUGCAUUCUGCAGAGUAUAGAAUCCAUGAAAUUCUGGGAUAGAUGUCGACUCUGUCAUAUACUUCACAAGCUGCGUUAUUACACCAAUAGAUACGAUCCUACUUGAAUUGACCCCUAAUUUGGACAAGGCUCAAAGAACAGCCUGCUUUAGGCUAGAGAACGAGACCAUCUGCUGUCCACAGCUUCUCUCUGUGUGAUUUGUACUCACGUUCAGGAUGCUCUAAUCGGUCAACCGGAAGAGCUCGCGAGAGUAGGGCAAGCCACACGCCAAGACCUAAAAAAACAACUGUACUGUUACGUCCACCUCAUCGGGGCCCGAAGGGACUGUGAGAUUAGUCUGGGCACCUGUCUCUAAAUUAAUCUACACCGUUUAGCUCCAGGCGAACGACAGUAGGCGUGGUCGUGUCGUCAGGCCGCUGGUUGUCUUGCUUAGGACUGAAAUACCGAGGAGAAGGAGGAGUAGGAGGAGGAGGAGGAGGAGGAGAAGGAGGAGGAGAAGGAGGAGGAGAAGGAGGAGGAGAAGGAGGAGGAGGAGGAGGAGGAGGAGGAGGAUUAUGAAGACGAAUAUACUGAUGACGAUGGCGACAACGAUGAGGACGAAGAGAAAUAUUGA